UCCGCUUAGUACCUCGUUCGGCGGUGAAAUGUGGUUAUGACAGUUUGCCUGCUAUGGCAGGACUCCUCGGUUUCUUAGUCCAUGUCGUGUCCGAGCUUCGGACACCGGUGGAGGAACGGAAUGGCCGGAGAAGGGUCUGGGGGAGAGUUACAAGGGACUUACUGACAGUUUACAAACAGUAUGCCUGUAGUAAGAACAGACUUCCUACAUGCCGUCUUCGAGAAGCCUUCAAUUCCCUCCACCUUUUUCCAUCCAACUCACAGGUGUAUGAGAUGGUGCAGUGUGCUGUAGAAUGUGGCAGCCCCUGUGAACUAGACAAUAUCAGCUUUGGGGAAUUCUGUGUACUGGUGUCGGAACUCCAAACUUACUACCUCAGGAAACCAGUGACACCUCAACCACGGUCCAUGUACAGAGAGAGAUCGUCAUCCAGUCCUUGCAAACGGUGGCAGCAUAGAGUGUUCCUCGGCGGAUCUUGUAACCCUACAAGCUGGCGACAGGAUACAGCUAUCCCAUUCUUCAAACAGCAUGGCAUCACCUUCUACAACCCACAAGUGCAAAGCUGGAGGGAAGAGUUGGUGGAGCUGGAAGCUCGGGCAAAACAGGGAGCAGACAUUUUGUUUUUCGUGAUUGAUAACCAGACCAGGGCUAUAACCUCCAUGAUAGAGACUGCCUAUCUUGUGGCCACCCGGCGGCAAGUGAUUGCUAUUAUACAUGAAUAUGACAAGAACAUAAAGAUCUGUGGGGAGGAGGUCCCAAACAGUGAGGUGAAGGACCUGUUGAGAGGCAGACAGAUACUGGUGGAUUUAGUCGAAAGAAACAGCAUACCAGUGUUUACAAGCCUUAACACAGCCCUUACCUGUACCCAGACUGCACUAGACAAGGGGUUGAAGAUAGAGGAGCUGAUCGUGGAUGAUGGUGUACAGCCUGUACUGUAUGGCUACCUCAAAGUGGGAACAGCACUACUUCAGAUGAGGGAGGCAUUCAACUCCAUGGACAGUACAGGAUCUUGUCACAUCAGUGCUAAAGACGUGUGCUUGGCCUACAAGAGCUGUACGGGAGGUCAGAUCCUUGAUCUGGAGUGGCUAAGUAACCAUAGAAACAGGAGCCAUGAUGACCAGUACAACUUUGAGGCCUUCUGUUGUAUCGUGGUGGAGUAUCAGAGGAAGAGCAAGCCGUUCAUAGAAAAGUUGAUUCAGCUGUUCAGAUGUUUACUUCAAAAAUUAACCAAUCAUUCCAUAGCGCUGAACUGCAGUAAUGUACAAGAGGGGCGAGACAUCUACCUUGGGGGUAGCUGUGGUGACUCCAACUGGAGGGAGAGGAUAGCUGUUCCACUUCUGAGGAAGCAUGGCUUGUCCUACGCCAACCCCUUUGUCAAUGACUGGGAGCAACGACUCAUCCCCAUCCAGGUGGCCAUACGUGAAAAGUGUCGUCUGCUCCUCUACAUCAUCUCAGACAGGACACGAUCAAUAUCAUCUAUGAUCGAGGCUGGUUACUACAUUGGGAAGGGCUGUAAAGUUGUGCUGUGUGUCAAGGAACUACCCGAUGAUGUCACAGUAGGCAAGGAGGCUUUGUCUGAGUGUGCUGUGAAAGACUACCAGCGGGGCAGGGCCUACCUGAUAGACCUUGCAAGUCGUGAGGGCGUCCAUCUCUUUGAUGAUGUCACAGAAGCAGUUAUAUGUGCCAUAAACUAUCUCAAAGACGGACACAUGUGACAGAUUUUACCUCACCAAGGAACUGACCAACUGUUUAUUUCAACCAAGGACAGAUUCACAGAAGACAGACAUGGCAGGAGGGCCAGAGAAAACAUUGACAUGAGGGAUACACAAUAAUCUCAGUAUAGAUGGUCACCGCUCAUAAGAACCGGAAUGUAAAUUGUUGGUGGAUAUUUUGCACAGUGUUUUCAGGUGGUGCACUUUAUAUAUAUAUACACGUAAAGGUUUGCUCCAUACAACAGUUCAUUUCAAAUAGAUGAUUAUCCAAAACUGUCAGUUUAUUGGUAGAAGCUCUCAUUGCUGCUGUUCAUUGAGUAUGAAUUCUGUCUCUGACCUACAUGCUUGCGGAACAACCGGUGCGUCUGCUUUUUUAAUGUAAAGAUUUCGGGUAAAAUCCUGGCGAACCUGCAGAUGUUUAUGCAGGCCUUGCAAGGCUUUGUCAAGAUUCGCCUGAAAGCAGUACCAGAUUACUAGGUCAACCUUAUGUCAUUAACGAACAACUGUGGUCCAACCAGUCCAACCGUUUGGAUCGCGAUAAAAGAAAGCGGCCAAUAAAGAUGUUAUUUCUCAUAGGUUGUGCUUUGACGAUAUCAAAGAAGGGGAGUUAACUCUAGCUCUCUGUUGCUAUCAAUAAUGUGGUCAAGAGAUGCCACCUGUGUUUUUAUGUGAAAAAUGGCGAAUAACUGGCAAAAAGAUUUACAGAUGCUUUUGUUAAAAAAAAUGUUAAUAUUUGGAAGAUUUUGUUUUUUUAUUUUUACCAGAUUUUAUUUUUUAGAAGAGACUUUAUAACCUCAUGUUUGUGAAAUCCCUGCCUAAAAAACAAUCAACAAUCAUUUGUAAGGCUUGGAUUUUUGUUAUAUGUAUAUUUACAUGAUCAUAAAAAUCCAUGUUAUCUAGAUAGCAGGAGGUAUAUAGCAUAAAGAUUGUUUGAUUUAAAUAUAUUUUACUGGUAAAUACUGCACGACGGGUUUGGACGCAGGUCUAACCAACUUAUCUAUGUCCUGUCACUUGGCUUGUAUGUUGGUCCCACACAAUACCUACCUCACCCCCAGUACACUCACCACUUGUACCUCGAUUACUGUAAAAGUAUCCACAAGCAAAUAUAUAUGCAGAGGGAGACUAUAGAUAUAUAUAUUAUAUGCUGUGUAACAGGAAGUUUUCGCCCAGUUAAAUAUUCGCCCUCUGGCGAUAAAAUCCAUGUUUGCCCAGUGUUAAUUUAGCCCUUCACAUGUACAUGUACUGUCUAAUUGGAAAAGCAACCGAUUCCCGACAAUCGAUUAUGAGAUGUCAACAUCGAUGAUAGUUUUCAAAACCAGAAGUCAAGUUCUACUUUCAUUCUCCCUAAGAGAGAACGGGAGUUCUAUGUCAUUUUACUCUGAACUAUAACUUCUUACCAAUCAUGCUAUUUAAACAUAAUUAAUUGUAAAAAAUAUAAAUGAUAACUGUUCAUUAAUAAAGAUUGUUUCGUUAAAAUGGUAUGAUAAUAAAUAAAGAUACGAAACUAUGCGGAAAAGUUGAAAUUUCAUUAGUAGUAUUAAUAAAAGGAAAAGCCAUAUGCCAUUGUUAAAAAAACAGUAAAUAUUUGUUAUCAUUAAUAAUCAAAAAUCGAUCAGUUUUUAUAUUAUAUCCGAUCAUCGAUGUUGAAAUCUCAACCGAUUCCCAGCACUACAAGUAGAUAUCAUUGCUAAAUGUGUAGGUUAGAAGUUUGAAUUGUAUAUGGUGCUUUGUACGUCCUGUUUACACCCAAGCCAUUGUAGAAAUUAUAGUGUUGUCACAUCAGAAAAAACUCAUAAACAUUACUAACUUUGUCUGAAUUAUUAAGAUGUAAUUGUAAGUAUAACCUAACCUUUGUUUCGAUCAGUUGAUUAACUGUUGAUCUAUUCAGUAUAACAUAAUUUUAACAAUAAAAGGAUCCCAUCCCUUUGCAGGAAAGGUUACUAUGCAUAAGGAACUUCCUGUUUUGGCAUGACUAUAGCUUUGAUAAAUCAUUCUGAAAAGAAAGUCAUACCCUUUGAAACUUUCAUGACAAAACAAUAGAGAUGAAAUUACAAAAAUCUACAGCAGUGUUCUGAGUGUAAAAAUGCAAUGGUGCCACUGACCAGGAUUUGAAUGCCAGACCUCAGAUCAUUAUACUGUCGCUCCAACAAACUGAGCUGCCUGGUUAACAAAAGUACCCUUGCCCAGCCCCAUUAUAUUCAAAACGAAAGUAAAGUUAUAUUUAGGAAUAUUUUUGGAGCAAUUUUUAUACGCCCGUCAAAGACGGGGACGUAUUAUGUUAUCACGUGA